AGCAGGAGAAUGGGUACAACCACUAUAAAGACAGACACAAAAUGCUGGAAUAACUCAGCGGGACAGGCAGCAUCUCUGAAGAGAAGGUAUGGGUGAUGUCUUGGGUCAAGACCCUUCUUCAGACUAAGUGGGACUAGUGUAGAUGGUGCAUGUUGGUCGGCGUUGGCAAGUUGGGCCGAAGGGCCUGUUCCCAGCCAGCUCUAUGAUGGUAAUUGACGGUCAACGUGGAAAUGGUUUAGUUUUUAGUUUAAUUUAUUGUCACGUGUGCCGGGGUACAGUGAAAAGCUUGUGUUGCCUGCUAAGCAGCCAAAAUACAUGAUUACAAUCGAGCCAUACACACUGUACAGCUGCGUGAUAAGGGAAUAACGUUCAGUGCAAAGAUAAAGCCAGUAAAGUCCGAUCAAAAAUAGUCUGAUCAAAGGGUCCCCGAUGUGGUAGAUAGUAGCUCAGCCUGCAGCCUAGCUUGGCAGUAUUGCAGAUACGGCUCUACAGUUCCACGGGAGGGUGGAUGGAAAGAUAUUAAAGGAUGGAAAGAUUUUUUUUAUUGCAUUUUUUUAAAUUGGCGUGUGAUCAGCAGCGUGAGAGGGAUGUAUGGAUCCUAGUUGCAACAAUGUGAAUGGACAAGGUGGAAUCUGAAGUAGGGUCUCCACCCGAAACGUCACACAUUCCUUCUCACCAGAGAUGCUGCCUGUCCCGCUGAGCUGCUCCAGCAACUUUGCGUUCAUGUCUUCGGUGUAAACCAGCAUCUGCAGUUCCUUCCUUCGGCAGAGGUGGAGGCUAUUUGCCAAUCAGCCUGCAAAACAGCCCGGCGUUGGCAAUGAAGGGCUUUUGCAAACCUUUUGCGCCAGGGCUCCUGGCGGCUGCAGCUCGAAAACAGAUCCCCAAGAAAAACAAUUGCAAGGUCCCUUGAAUGAUUAAGUCGCAGGAUGCUUCUGCUCACCUUGCAAGCGUUGAGUCUGACAAGGCUCGCCCUGGGAUUGAGCCGGGCUGGAGCGGGUCAGUGCCCCAGCGCCUGCGAGUGCUCAGAGUGGAACUUACUUCAGAUCACCUGCAAAGCCAUCGAUCGCAUCCCGACCUUUCCCCCAAGCACGGAAAACAUUCGAUUCAUGGAGACUCAACUGAAGUCGAUCCCAACAGAAGGCUUCGCAAAGCUCCCAAACAUCACAAGGAUAUACAUUUCCAUUGACGCAACUCUUCAGAGAGUGGAAGCGAGAGCAUUCUUCAGCCUGGACAAACUCACGCACAUAGAGAUACGGAAUGCAAAGAGCUUAAGUCACAUCGACCCAGACGCUUUCAAGGAUCUCCCUAUUCUAAAAUACCUUGGGAUUUUCAACACCGGCCUGGCCAGGUUUCCCGACUUGACAAAAAUCCAUUCCACCGAUGUGAACUUCCUGAUUGAAAUCGCCGACAACCCUCUCAUUUCCACCAUCCCUGCCAACGCCUUUGGCGGACUGGGCAAUGAAUCACUCACUCUAAAGCUCUACAACAAUGGGUUCACUAAGGUCCAAGCUUACGCCUUUAAUGGAACCAAACUGGAUGCUCUAUACCUGCACAAGAAUAAGCUGCUGUCGUCCUUCAGUGAGGAUGUCUUCGCUGGUGUCUUGAGCGGUCCCACACUGCUAGAUGUGUCCCAGACCAGCGUGCACUCCCUCCCGACCAAAGGCCUGGAACCCUUGAAGGAACUAAUGGCCAAGAACACUUGGACCUUGAAGAAGCUGCCUCCUCUGAAGACCUUCCUGCACCUGACAAGAGCUGACCUCACCUACCCGAGCCAUUGCUGCGCCUUUAAGAACUGGAAGAAGAACAAGGGCCUGGUCUCCAGUUUUCCCUACAGGUUCCUGGAGUCAGUGAUGUGCAACCAGACCUUGGCCCGUGGUCUCAGGGGGAGAAGGUCCCGCGCUUUGCACAACCAAGACUACACGGAGGACGUUGCGGAUGACCGCGUCCCCGACCAAGCCUUGCAGCGCCGGGAUGUCCUCAGCAACUCCCACUACUACGUCUUCUUCGAAGAGCAAGGGGACGGAGACGUUGGCUUUGGUCAGGAGUUGAAGAACCCUCAGGUGGACCAAGUGCAAGCCUUGGACAGCCACUAUGAUUACGUGGUGUGCGGGGGGAGCGAGGAGAUAGUUUGCCGGCCAGAACCGGACGAGUUCAACCCUUGCGAGGACAUCAUGGGCUACGACUCAUUGCGGGUGAUGGUUUGGUUGGUCAGCCCGCUGGCCAUCCUGGGGAACAUCGCCGUCCUGGUCAUCCUGCUGACCAGCCGCUACAAGCUGACCGUGCCCCGGUUCCUGAUGUGCAACCUGGCCUUUGCAGACCUGUGCAUGGGCGUCUACCUCCUGCAGAUCGCCUCGGUCGACCUGUACACCCGCGGCGAGUACUACAACCACGCUAUCGACUGGCAGACGGGGCCGGGUUGCCGCUCGGCCGGCUUCUUCAGCGUCUUCGCCAGCGAGCUGUCCGUGUACACGCUGACCGCGAUCACGGCGGAGAGGUGGCACGCCAUCCGCUUCGCCCUGCGCCUGGACCGCAAGAUCCGGCGGCGGCAGGCGGCGCUGGUCAUGGCCGGCGGUUGGCUGGCUUGCUUCGCCCUGGCCCUCCUGCCCGUCCUGGGGGUCAGCAGCUACGUCAAGGUCAGCAUCUGCCUGCCCAUGGACACGGACAGCCUGCCCGCCCGCUCCUACGUGGUGACCGUGCUGCUGCUCAACGUCGCCGCCUUCCUCAUCGUGUGCGGCUGCUACGUCCGGAUCUACGCGGCCAUCCGGAGCCCCCGCCCCAAGGCCGGGGGCAAGGACGCCAAGAUGGCCAAGAAGAUGGCCGUCCUGAUCUUCACCGACUUCGCCUGCCUGGCCCCCAUCUCCUUCUACGCCCUGUCGGCCAUCCUGAGCAAACCCCUGAUCACCGUCACCAACUCCAAGAUCCUGCUGGUCCUCUUCUAUCCCCUCAACUCCUGCGCCAACCCCUUCCUCUACGGGCUCUUCACCACCGCCUUCCGCCGUGACGCUCUGGUGCUGUUGAGCAAGGUGGGGCUGUGCCGGCGGCAGGCGCAGUUGUACCGGGGACAGACGCUCACCGGGAGGAAGAGCAGCUCCUCCACCGGCGACACCGCCACCACCGCCGGCCUCGGCUGCGGCCCCCGCUGUCUCCGUGGCAACCGCCGGCCGGCAGCAGCAGCCCCCCUGCCCCGAGACUGGCGAGUGAGUGAACUCUGACCUCGGUUAGACCCAGAGUGCCGGAGUAACUCAGCGGGUCAGGCAGCAUCUCUGGAGAAAAGGAAUAGGUGAUGUUACGAACCAGGACCCUCCUUCAUGGUCCCUGGUCCAAUACGAUACAGUACGAUCUAACUUUAGUUAUCACAGGAGGG